UAUACACACACACACACACAGUCCCAGUUAGGCACUGACGCUCAUACACAUGCUGACACACUGACACGCGCAGUCUCAAGGCUUCUCAGUGUUAUUCUCACUUGUGGGCUUGCUUGUUCUAUUUCUCACAUACAUCGCUGUGUGACAGGGAGUGACUGGCAGCUGUUGCUGGUGUUUCUAUUAGUGCUGUUGAGGUAAAGUAGGAAGCAGUCUGGGGGGAGGGGCUUGAUCCCCUGGAUGACUGCAGCUUGUAUGACCACCAACACUCGGACAACACUCUGGUCAGCAGCCCACUCUAAGUGAUCUGACAGUGAUGCCGUGUGGAGGCCCAUCCCUCUCUCUGCGCCCCUUUUUAUCCCGUGAGGCCCAUGUGACCUAGCCAUCGCCCAAACACAGGGGCCCGUGCCCGCUGCCGCUGGCACCCACCCAUGAAUCCCAGCCCUGACCGCGGCAAAGAGUGCCUCCCCCCAAAGAAGAGGGAGUUCCGGGAUGGCUCGGCCAACCAGCACCCCCCCCUGGACGAGUUCAAACCACCCGCCACGCCGCCCAGGACCCAGCCCUCAAGCAGCUCAGGGAGGGGGGAGGGGGGCAGGGGGAGCAGCGAAGAGGCUUUGACGAACCGCCACAGCCUGCUACCCUCUAUCCCACCCCCCCUCCCAUCCCCGUGUAUUCCACUCCCUCUGCCAUGGCACCUGGCUUACCCCUCCUCCGUCCCUUUUCUCUUCCUCAAAGACCAGGUAGGGAAGAGGGAUGAUCUUCUCCCCACCCCCUUCCCCCAUCACUCCAGGUGUCUCCAAGGUGAAAUCCUGCCACCCUCCCCCUCCCCCUCCUCAUCCUCUUCCUCCUUUAAGAGCCCCUUCCCCACUGAAUCAAGAGACAUGUGGUCCUAUUUCAACACAGGCCGAAGGGACUACAGCUCCUCUCUUUUCUCCCCCUCUCACCUGUUCAGCCAGCCCUCCCUCUACCCCCGUGACCACUCCCUGACUGAGGGCAGACACAGGUACCUGGGCAAGAGGCCCAACGGGUUGGAUGUGCCAGGCAGCAGGACUGCCUCUGCCAGUGCCAGGCUGUGCGGCAGCCCCCACGGUUCCCAUGCCAACGGGAGACGGAGACACCAGGAGGUUCCCACAGGGCGUUUCGAGCAGUUUGCAGGUUUCAGAGAUUUCCAAGCGACACCUCAGGAGGGCCCUGACUCACAUUCCUCUCUGCAGGACAGGGAUCCCUGUGGGACACCAAAGGCUGGGAUUUCCACCCUGAUCCCCACUAGUCCCCAGCCUCAUGGGGCAGAGACCCGGGCAGGGAGAGGGGAGCUACUGGACCCCCUGGGGGGCUCUGUGGCGGAGGCUCAUGUCUACUACUCCCUGGCUUCUGUUUACUCCACCCUGCAGCCCAGCCAGCUCAGUACCCAGGCCCAGGCUCAGCGCUACCCGCUGUACAGCCACUCAGGCAGCUCUCUGUAUGGCCUGCACACCAUGAGGAACUCACAGCACUCAACCCAGGGGCAGCCCAACAGCCACAGCACAGAGAAAGACAGAGAACGAGACAGACAACAAGAACAAGAGCGAGAAAGAGAGCCUGAAGGAGACAGAGACAUCAGAGAGAUAGACAAUAAAAGAGGCGGAAAUAAAGACAGCAGAGAGCUCUCUCCCGGGCAGCAGUACUCGCGUCCCCUUGCCUCCCCCUUCCUUCCCCACAUGACCGCCUCACCCUCUGCCCCCCACCACAUCCCCCCAGCGCUCCUACCUCACUUUGCCAAGGGUUCUCUGAUUGAGCUGGUGGGGGGUCGUUUGAAGCGUGUGGAAGAGCUGAGGACGGAGGACUUUCUGAGGAGUGCUGACACCUCCCCAGAGUUCCACCUGAGCACCUGCACCGUGCUGCUUAUCGGCCCCAGCAACACACACGGCUUCAACCACCUGCAGGUCCUUCUCACAGACAGCAACACUCAGGAGUUACUGACGGUUCUGGUGGAGUACCCGUUCUUCGUGCGUGACCGCGGCUGGUCUUCCUGCUGUCCCCAGAGAACCGCCCAGCUCUACGGCCUGUCCUGCCGCCAGCUCAGCGAGGGAGAUAUCUGCUUGGCCCUCACCCCCUUACACACACGCACAGUCCCCCGGGGCCACAGGACACACACCCAGGCCAGGGCCAGCACACACAGGGAGGAUAUGCCCCCUCCUCUCCCUCCUCCUCCUCUUCCUCAUCCCUCCCCUGCUCUUGUCCCUCCUCCUCUCCCUCCUCCCCCUGUAGACCCCCCCACCCAGGAGCAGCCACGCUCACGCAAGAGGCGAUGGUCAGCCCCCGACCUCCUUCCUCCCACCGGAACUACUGGGAUUGACAAGAUCACCAAUUUACCUCACGGCUCCAAGCAGAGGAAGUGGCAGUAGAGCGCACACGCAAGCACAAAUACACCCUCCUUGUGUGAGAGCACGAGGCAGGGUUGCAGGGAAGGACAUAGAACAGGCAACUUUAAGGGUGUCCACACUGCUGCCCAAAGCAUGAGCCCAUACCCCUUUUUCCCAUCUCCCAAUCUCUGCUUAACACACCUCAGACAGGGGCAACAGUCUGAGGGGCAGCAGUCUGAGGACAAGCAGUCUGAGGGGCAGGGGUCUGAGGGGCAGCAGUCUGAGGGGCAGCAGUCUGAGGGGCAGCAGUCUGAGGGGCAGCAGUCUGAGGGGCAGCAGUCUGAGGGGCAGCAGUCUGAGGGGCAGCAGUCUGAGGGGCAGCGGUCUGAGGGGCAGCAGU